CGAUCGCGGCAUUAUUUUGUUUUUUUCAGAAAAACGCCAGCCUCUGUCGAUAAGACAUUAUAUAACAUGCACUUGGGUGUACUAUUAGCAUGUAGCUGUAGCUUCCGUUUAAUUGUCCCGUGUCUUCCCGAAACAACAGCAGACGUUCUUGGGUAACAUGGGUAAAAACAAACCAAAAGGCAAGAAGCAACCAAAUGUUUUCCAAGUGGCAGCGAACAAGCACCUAAAGGCCAAAAACAAAGCGAAGCCCAUCCGGACCAAGCUGAAACAUAUCAGUGCUGUGAAAAAUGAGAAGGUAGAAAACCUUAACCAAAUGUUUUUGCAAGUCCAGAAGGACGUCAGCGUUUCCAAACGCGUCGCUGCAGAACCAAAGAAACCAGCACAGCAGCUGAAGAAUGUCAAAGAGCCGCCAAAGGAGCCAGUAAAUGUUGACAGUGCUGCUCAGCUUUUCUCUCAGCUUUGAUGGAUUUCAGUUGUUGUGCACAUGUGAUUGAUAACAUUAUUUUUACCUACUUUAUUUUGUAAAUAUCCAUAUAACUGUCAUUAAAUGCCAUUAUUUAAAUUA